AUGGCUGAAAACGGUGAUAUCAACAUCGUGCUCAGCAACUCGCUGUCGCCCGAUGCGGCGACGCGAAAUGCCGCCGAGCAGCAGCUCACCCAGGCUGCCGAGAACAACUUUCCCCUCUAUCUGGCCACACUAGUGCAGGCUCUAGCAGACGAGAACGCCGAGGGCCAAAUCCGAGUUGCGGCCGGUCUUGCCCUGAAGAACGCCUUCUCGGCUCGCGAAUUCGCCAGACAACACGAGCUCCAAGCAAAAUGGCUACAAGGGACAGACCAAGAGACCAAGGACCGCGUCAAGUCGCUGGCCCUCGGCACCCUCUCCUCCAGCAAUGCCCAGGCUGGCCAGGCCGCCGCCCAGGUCAUCGCCUCCAUUGCCGCCAUCGAGCUGCCCCGGAACCAGUGGACUGACCUGAUGGCCACCCUGGUGCAGAACGUGAGCAGCGGCGCCCCGCACCAGAAGCAGGCCUCGCUCACGUGUAUCGGCUACAUCUGCGAGACCCAAGACGCCGAGCUCCGCGCUGCCCUGAUCAGUCAGUCCAACGCCAUCCUGACUGCCGUCGUCCAGGGCGCCCGCAAGGAGGAGACCAACAACGAGAUCCGUCUCUCGGCCAUCUCGGCCCUCGGCGACUCGCUCGAGUUUGUCGGCAACAACUUCAAGCACGAGGGCGAGCGCAACUACAUCAUGCAGGUCGUCUGCGAGGCCACACAAGCCGACGACUCGCGGAUACAGCAGGGUGCCUUUGGCUGCCUGAACCGCAUCAUGGGUCUCUACUACGAGAACAUGCGCUUCUACAUGGAGAAGGCCCUCUUCGGCCUCACCAUCCUGGGCAUGAAGAACGAGGACGAGGACGUCGCCAAGCUCGCCGUCGAAUUCUGGAGCACCGUCUGCGAGGAGGAGAUCAACAUCGAGGAAGACAACGCCCAGGUGGAGAGCUCCGACCAGAUGCGGCCCUUCUACAACUUUGCCCGCGUCGCCACCAACGAGGUUGUCCCCACCCUCCUGAUGCUCCUGACCAAGCAGGAUGAGGAUGCUGCUGAUGACGAGUACAACCUGUCCCGCGCCGCAUACCAGUGUCUCCAGCUCUACUCCCAGGCCGUCAACGCCAACAUCAUCCCGCCCGUCAUUCAGUUCGUCGAGGGCAACCUGCGUUCCGAGGACUGGCACUUCCGUGAGGCUGCUGUCGCCGCCUUCGGUGCCAUCAUGGAGGGACCUGAGGAGAAGGUGCUCGAACCCAUUGUGAAGCAGGCCCUGCCUGUCCUCAUCACCAUGAUGGAGGACAGCUCGACCCACGUCAAGGACUCGACGGCAUAUGCCCUGGGUCGUAUCACCGAGGCCUGCUCCGAGGCCAUCGACCCCAACACUCACCUGGAUCCCUUGAUCCGAUCGCUCUUUGCCGGUGUUCACGAUGUGAAGAUGGCAAGCUCCUGCUGCUGGGCCCUCAUGAACUUGGCCGAGCGCUUCUCGGGCGACUUGGACGCUGCAUCCAACGCCAUCACACCGCACUUCAAUGCUAGCGUCACAAACCUGUUGAAUGUGACCUCGAGGCCUGAGGCCGAGACAACUGUGCGCACCACGGCUUACGAAGUCCUCAGCGCUUUCGUGCAGCAUGCUGCUACCGAGAGUUUCCCAUCCAUCGCAUCCCUCUCAGAUGUCAUCAUCAAGCGCCUCGAGGAGACCAUCCCGCUUCAGAGCCAGGUCGUCAGCAUUGAGGACAAGAUUGCUCUGGAGGAGAUGAAGACCAGUCUCAACACCGUCCUUCAGGCGAUUAUCCAGCGUCUCGACAAGGAGAUCGCUCCUCAGGGUGACCGCAUUAUGCAGGUUGCCCUCCAGCUCCUGAGCACUGUCUCCGGCAAGUCCGCCGUGCCCGAGGCCAUCUUCGCCACCAUUAGCGGCCUGGCCAACGCCAUGGAAGAGGACUUUGCCAAGUACAUGGAUGCCUUCAAGCCUUUCCUGUACAAUGCUCUCGGUAACUCUGAGGAGCCCAGUCUGUGCUCGAUGGCUAUUGGCCUCGUCAGCGACGUUACCCGAUCCCUGAACGAGCGCAGCCAGCCAUACUGCGACGACUUCAUGAACUACCUCCUCAACAACCUUAGGAGCGCUGCAUUGGGUAACCAGUUUAAGCCUGCCAUCCUGCAGUGCUUCGGUGACAUUGCCAACGCUAUAGGUGGUCACUUCGAGACUUAUUUGUCCGUCGUUGCUCAAGUCUUGCAGCAAGCCGCUACCGUCACCGCGAGCCCUGACGGCAGCUACGAGAUGUACGACUACGUCAUCUCUUUGAGAGAAGGAAUCAUGGAUGCUUGGAGCGGCAUCAUUGGCGCCAUGAGAUACAGCAAUAAGACUCAAGCACUUCAGCCCUAUGUGCAGUCUGUUUUCCAGCUGCUUAACCUCAUUUCGCAAGAUAUGAACCGUAGCGAGGCUUUGAUGCGAUCAUCUAUGGGAGUUAUCGGUGACCUUGCUGAGGCGUUCCCCGGUGGUGAGCUUGUCGAUGCUUUCCGACAAGAUUGGUUGACUGCUAUGAUCAAGGAGACCAAGACCAACCGGGAGUUCCAGUCACGCACCAUCGAGACCGCACGAUGGGCACGCGAGCAGGUUAAGAGGCAGCUUGGCGGCCAGCAGGCUGUCAUGCAGCAGACCUGA